UCAUUUGGUGCUGAACAAUCUAAUUUUACACUUGAUAUUCAUACGUAUUAUCUGAUCUAUAAUGUGAGAUAGGCGAAACUGAUAUCUCUCGAAUAAACAAUAAACAUUCCCCACUCUUUCUAUAGUUGAAAUCAUGCAUGAUUGAAAGAUACAUAUCUACACGUCACAGAUUAUAUCGCUAUACCGCUGGCUACAAUGAAUGGGCACAGUGAUUGGCUCCUUAUUGGAAAGAAGAGACUCUCAUUGAGCAGUCGAAACUCGCUGGCAUGCGUGAAUUAUUGUUACAAGCAUUGUAAGCAUACGGUGUGAUACGUGAGUUCGAACAGUGAUACAGAAAAUUCAAUAACACAUAAUGUUAAGAAAAAGCAACCUGCUGUUGACGCACUUGCGUUACUUCACGAGGACGUUUCACGAUGAAGCGGUUAUCAUCGGUACUUCGCAAGACUCUAACUCGGCGGAGUAUCAGGAGAACUAUACGCAAAUGGAACACCUGGUGAAGCGACUCAAAGCAACGGUCGAGAAAAUCGUGGAGGGUGGAGGAGAGAAAGCGAGAGGAAGACACAUGAAAAAGGGGAAACUUUUGCCGCGAGAACGGAUCGACACUCUUCUAGACAAAACGUCUCCGUUUCUUGAAUUCUCUCAAUUAGCCGGUUUUGAGCUGUACGAAAAAGAAGAAGUGCCAGCUGGUGGUCUUAUCACCGGCAUCGGUCGAGUGGCAGGGACUGAGUGCGUGAUUAUCGCCAACGAUGCAACGGUGAAAGGCGGAACUUAUUAUCCCAUCACGGUGAAAAAGCAAUUGAGAGCGCAGGAGAUCGCGGAAGAGAAUAACCUGCCUUGUAUAUAUCUAGUGGAUAGCGGUGGCGCUAACUUGUCUAGACAGUCCGAUGUGUUCCCGGAUAAAAUGCACUUUGGCAGGAGUUUCUAUAAUCAGGCGAAUAUGAGCGCGAAGGGAAUCUCACAGAUCGCUGUGGUAAUGGGCAGCUGCACGGCAGGGGGUGCGUAUGUACCAUCGAUGGCCGACGAGAACGUGAUUGUGGGUAAACAGGGUACCAUAUUCCUGGCGGGGCCACCUCUAGUCAAAGCUUCCACGGGAGAGGACAUUUCUGCAGAGGAUUUGGGUGGCGCGGCGGUACAUUGCCGGACAUCAGGAGUGACCGACCAUUACGCGAUGGACGACCAUCACGCUCUUUACAUUACCCGGCAGAUCGUCAGUGACUUGAACCGGCAAAGGCCGAUGCACGUGAACAUCAGCAAGCAAAUAGACGUACCGGCUCACGCGGUCGAUGAGAUCUAUGGUAUCGUUGGCACCAACCUGAAGCGACCCUACGACGUGAAAGAAGUGAUCGCCAGAAUCGUUGACGGAUCCAAGUUCCGCGAAUUCAAAGCGCAGUACGGUGAAACCUUGGUUACUGGGUUUGCUAGGAUCUACGGUUAUCCGGUGGGAAUAGUCGCGAAUAAUGGGGUGCUCUUUUCGGAAGGUGCCCUCAAGGGUGCGCAUUUCAUACAGCUCUGUGCGCAACGGAAGAUUCCCCUUAUCUUCUUGCAGAAUAUCACAGGGUUUAUGGUGGGAAGAGAUGCAGAAGCUGGAGGUAUUGCGAAGAAUGGAGCGAAAAUGGUGACUGCAGUCGCCUGCGCUCAAGUACCAAAAAUUACGGUGUUGAUAGGUGGUUCUUACGGAGCCGGAAACUAUGGAAUGUGUGGUCGAUCUUAUUCCCCGAGAUUCCUCUAUUCCUGGCCGAACGCCAAGAUAUCUGUGAUGGGAGGAGAACAAGCUGCAGGAGUAAUGGUUCAGAUUAGCAGACAACAGUGCGAGCGAGAAGGCAAACAGUGGUCCGUGGAAGAGGAAGAAAAGAUCAAGAGACCAAUCAUAGAGAAGUUCGAGCAAGAAAGCAACCCCUAUUACGCUAGUGCCAGAUUAUGGGACGACGGUGUGAUUGACCCCGCCGAUACCAGACUGGUGCUCGGGCUCAGUUUAUCAGCGACGCUGAACGCACCGAUUCCUGAAAGUAAAUUCGGAAUAUUCCGCAUGUAGACGGACCGUGGUAGCCGCGAGUAUCGAAGCAUAACCGAACUGCGAUGAUCGACGUUUGUCUAUUCGAUAUUAUUACAAGCCAAAGAAAUACAUUAUGUAUAUAUAUAUAUUUUUUUUUAUACGGAGUCGUCAUGUAUACAUGAGUGUUAAACAAUCCAAGUAUAU